CUGGCCGGCCUGGUGCUGCGCGCCUGUCAGCCAUCGCGGGAGCUCCCGGCGUCUCCUCCCGCCCAGCACUGCCUCUGCGCAGGGGCUGCCCGGCACCGCCGGACCCCGGACGCCUCCGCCCUGAGUUCUUUUUGGAGGUGGAUAUCUGCUCAGACAGUAAGAAUUAUAAGAGCUCUGAGAGCUCGUUUUGAAGGAAUAAUGGAUGAACCAUCCCCCUUGGGCAAACCUAUGGAGCUGAACCAGCAUUCCCGAUUCAUAAUUGGUUCUGUGUCUGAAGAUAACUCAGAGGAUGAAAUUAGCAGCCUGGUGAAGCUGGAUCUGCUGGAGGAAAAGGAGGGCUCUCUAUCACCAGCUUCUGUUGGUUCAGAUACACUCUCUGAUUUGGGGAUCUCCAGCCUACAGGACGGCUUGGCUUUACACAUGAGGUCCAUGCAUGUCAUUGCAAUUGGCAUGAUUUCGUCCUUUUUUAUGGCUGAGUAA